AUGAAUCAAGAAGCCCUACAAAAAGUCCUCAUUGAGAUGGACAAUCAACUAAAUAAGUCCAGAGCAGAAUUAUCAAUGGUGAACUUGCAGUUGGAUCGUGUGCAUACAAAUCUAAAUGUUAUCAAAUCCACUAACUCAAGGCUAAAUGCAUUAAACAGCCCCGAUGAAACGGUAUGGCAAGGAGUGGGAAAAGCUUUUAUAGCGGAAAAAACAGGAGCAUACCUUGAACAGUUAUCAGAAGACGGUAAAUCGUACAAGGAUACGGAAAAGAAUCUAAAAAUUAAGCAAGAUUAUCUACAAACUACGCUCGAAAAGACUGUUGAUAGCAUGACAAAAAUCGUUGGUGAAAAAAAAUAA